CAUUUUGGUUCAAGUCAAAGCUGAAAAGGGACAAAGUGGAUUGUGUUCGGACCCAGGCCCAGGCCGCGCACAGUUUCACAAGGACGAUGUAUCGAGGAGCUGCGACGGCGACAGAGUCCUUUAAGGGAUCAGGCCGUGGGCCUUACCGCAGCAGAGGCUUUGAUCGUGCCACAGCUGCAGCGCCAGGCCGUGGUGGCCGGUCCUAUCGCCGUGACUACCCGUCGCAUGAAGCCUCCGUGGAGCAAAGCCAAAAGCUAGAGACACAGAGCGACUCUGUGUGGAGCAAUACCUUGAUCUCCAGCGGUACUGGAUGCAAGUGGGCAGACCAGGAUACAGGAGAUGAGGUUUGGUCAAGUCCACCGGCACAGGAGACCACCCUGAGCAACCUCGAGUGCCGCAUCGAUGCUAUGUCCCAGGAGUUCAUAGACAACCUGCGCAAGUUGGGCGAGAAGGGAAAUGAGAAGUUCGACCUCAUCUUCUCCAUCCUGACCGAGCUACAGAAUCGACAAGCGCAGCUUGAGGAGACGGUCCGGGUGCUCCAAAACCAGGUGAAUGCGAGCUACACCAGCUGCACGGUAGGCAAUUCCACCUCCAUGGACGGAAACAUGAACGUCAGUAACAAUUCGACAGAAGGAGCUCCAGGCAACGGAACAUCGUGUGCCAACAACAUGGCCCAGAUGAACAACGUCAUGGUGGUUUGUCAUCCAAACGGCAUGAUGCAACAGAUGCCGCAGAUGAUGUACGCGGUCCCCAACAUGAUGACACCAAUGACCUUCAUGGGCCCAGGAUCUGAAAUGUCCAGCCCAAGUGGCACCAGUGGAUUUGUUUCCACUGGGCAGGAGAGCGGCCGUGUUAGCCCUGAAGCGCAGAAGACGUCCUCAGAAGCCAGUCAGGAGAAGUCCACAGAGGCUGAUUGAUGUCAAAGAGGUGGUUCACCAUGAGAGGCAGUUGGCCCGGACUUUUGCUAUUCUGAUCCGCAGGGCCAUUUUGGACCCUACUUUUUGCUGGGAUCAAAUUCACUCUCUGCAGUUCCUGACUCAACUUGCUUCCUUGUUUCGUCUCAUCUUUGCUUCGAACAAGGGCAUCUUUUUCAGAAUGCCGCUUUGGCAGUGAUGCUCCUUGCCGAGCGGCAACUCUGGUACAAGAAAAGUGCGACCUGGUCGCGCUACGCCCCUGCCAGAUGUAAGCUGUGAUUGACAUGUAUACUCUC